AUGGUGGGACCCUGUAAACCCGCCCUCAACAUGUACGUUCUCGGAGGAUAUCAUCACCACAUCGAAUUUCUCCUGGAAUCUACGCGCACAGAUCUGACCGUUGUCUUUAUCGCAGAAGAGAGAAGGAAAAGAAAAAUGCCAUUCCCAUACAAGACCGUGCUGAUCACCGGCGCCACGGCGGGCAUCGGCCGGGCAUGGACGGAGCGGAUGGUCGAGCAUGGCAUCUUCGUGGUCGCUGUCGGUCGACGUCGCGAGCGACUUGACGAGCUGGCGGCGCGGUUUGGAGACAAGAUCGGCGUGGAGGAGCACGACGUCGCGGACCUGGACGGACUAGCAUCUUGGGCAAGGGAGAUGACGACCAAAUACCCCACGCUGGACUGCAUCGUCGCCAACGCAGGGGUUCAAAACACAACCAACUUCGCGACGCUGACCAAGCCCGGCGCCGACGGCACGGCGCUGGCCAACACCAUCACGAGCGAGGUCACUCUCAACUACCUCUCGCCCGUGCACACCAUGAUCCAUUUCCUUCCUCACCUGUCCCGCCUUGGCGCUGCGGGCAAGCCGACGGCCGUCGUGCUUGUCACGUCGGGAUUAGCGCUGGUGCCCAUGUCGCGAUGCGGCAACUACUGCGCGACCAAGGCGGCGCUGCAUUCGUUCGCCUGGACGCUGCGGUCGCAGCUGCGGCAGCAGCGAGAGGACGAAGGGGGCGACUCGUCGUCGUCGUCGGUCCAGACUCGCGUCAUAGAGGUGGUGCCGCCGGCGGUCAAGACGGAGCUGCAUUCGCGGCAGCCGGACCUGGUCGCGGCCGGAGCUGGAGACUUUGGGAUGGAGCUGGACGAAUUCACCGACGAGACUUGGGCUGCCCUGUCUGGUGACGAGCAGCAGGACGAGAUCCUGGUCGGGCCGACCAAGCGGCAUGCGAAGCUGGUCGAUGCGACAAGGGAGAGCUUUGUGAUGAUGGACAAAAUGAUAAGGGAGCAGGGCAAGGUUACGGGCAAGGAGGCGGGGUGGAAUGGUGGUGGCAAGUAG